AUCUAUCUGUUUCUAAUUCAGUUGCGACUUGUGAAUAUUUCAGGUAGUCACAUCAGUUUAAGAAUGUGGAGUCAGUCAGUACUGCACUGAGUGUGAACAUUAAAAAAAAUGAAGUUUAGAAAGUAUUUCAGAGGCAGUGGGAGGGUCCUAGCGUUUGUGUUUAUCGCAUCUGUAAUCUGGCUCCUCUUUGAUAUCGCAGCACUGAGGAUAUCCUUCAAUGAUGUGAAUCAGGAUCUCAAAGAGAGAGAGAUUGUACUAAAACAGAGAAGGAGUAAAGGCAAUGUAGAGAAUGUCUUUAAACAUCCUCUGCAAAAAGUAAACGUAGAAAAGAGGGAGUUUUUAAAAAACAAAAAAAGGUUUGGAAAGAAAGUUGAUGAGGUUUACAGAAAGUGGCCAAAGUUUAGGACAGAACCCCAAGCUCUGCUAAACGACGAUAAACAUUUGAAUUCAAUGUUAAUGGCUGACAAGUCUUUUGUGGAACAAAAGGAUGUAAUUAAUCAAACCAAAGUGAAUCUAACUGUGAAAUCACCUGUGAAAGGAACAAUUAUUAGCAUCCCUCCAAAAACAAAUGAGACAAAAACUGAAAUUAACGGCAAAAUGAACAGCAUAUCUGCAAAGAUGAACAAAAUAAAUGCUGCUGUUGGACAGACAGAAGCAAAUCUAGAUGUUAAAGCACAUUUACUUACUAAAGCACUGCCUGCUGUCCAUGAGAAAAUGUAUUCUCCUGCGCUCAAAGAAAACACUGUGGAGAAAGUUAAUCAUACCAAUGACACACUACUAAUGUCACAUAAGAAAGUACAUGUCGAUUCAGGUUUACAAAAUAACUUGAGUAACGAUUUUCUUAAACCAACAAAGACUGAUAAACCGACAAAUAUUAUUGACAAUAGAGAGAAACAUGCCGAUACUUUCAACAAAACUAAACCAGAUAUUACUAAAAAACCAGUAGAAACAGCACACUCUCCUAGUGUGCGAGUGAGGAGGUCAGGAGAGCUUCAUAAGGUUAUGGCUCUAGAUGUGACAGACUUGCCCAGAGAUCCACAGGCCGUGGGACAGUUUGGACAGCCUGCACGUGUUCCCAGAGAUAAAGAACUGGAGAGUCGAAGACGCUGGAGUGAAGGAUAUUUUAAUGUAUUCCUGAGUGAACAGAUACCAAUAGAUAGAGCCAUUCCAGACACCAGACCCCAAACAUGUUCAGAAAAUCUUGUUCAUGAUGACUUGCCCAACACCAGCGUGAUCUUUUGCUUUGUGGAUGAGGUGUGGUCAACUCUGGUGCGCUCAGUGCACAGUGUGCUCAACAGGUCUCCUCCACACCUGCUGAAGGAGAUCAUUCUGGUGGACGACUGCAGCACCAAAGACUACCUGAAGGAGCAGCUGGAUGUUUAUAUGGCUCAGUUCCCUAAAGUACAAAUCAUUCGUCUGAAAGAGAGACAAGGCCUCAUCAGAGCCAGGAUUGCAGGGGCCAGUGCUGCUACAGGUGAAGUGUUGACAUUCCUGGACUCUCAUAUUGAGUGUAACGUGGGGUGGUUGGAGCCACUGUUAGAAAGAGUUUACCUGGACCGCAAAAAAGUGGUCUGUCCUGUUAUUGAGGUCAUCAGCGAUAAGGACAUGAGUUACAUGCUUGUUGAUAACUUCCAAAGAGGCAUUUUCAGAUGGCCACUGGUGUUUGGCUGGAGUGCUCUACCUGAAGAAUAUAUUAGAAAGAACCAGGUCAAGGAUUCAGACCCCAUCAGGUGUCCUGUUAUGGCAGGGGGUCUUUUCUCUAUAGAUAAGAGCUAUUUCUAUGAGCUGGGGGCAUACGACCCAGGCCUGGAUGUCUGGGGUGGUGAAAACAUGGAAAUCUCUUUCAAGAUCUGGAUGUGUGGCGGCGAGAUUGAAAUCAUCCCCUGCUCACGUGUCGGCCACAUCUUCCGUGGCGAUAAUCCUUACAAGUUCCCUAAAGACCGUGUGAAGACAGUCGAGAGAAACUUGGCCAGGGUUGUAGAGGUGUGGAUGGAUGAAUAUAAAGAGAUAUUUUAUGGUCAUGGCUACCACCACCUCCUGGACAAAAGUGUGACUGAUAUAGGAAAUCUGACAGAACAGAUUCAGCUGAGAGAAAAACUCAAGUGUAAAAGCUUUAAAUGGUACUUGGAGAAUGUGUACCCAGACCUGGACGCCCCUCUGGUCAAAGCUGAAGGAGUGAUUUUUAAUGUUGGAGCCAGAAAAUGUUUGGUAUUUCAAAAUGGCAUAUUCUCUUUUGAUAAAUGUGAGCUCACAGAUAAGAGUCAACAAUUUAGCUACACCUGGUUAAGGAUGCUUCGACAGAACACUUCCUGCUUGGCUCCUCAGGAAACACAGAUUAUCAUGGAACCAUGUGACAACACUAAGCCACAUCUCCGCUGGAUGCACAAGUCUGGUAAAGUUUUGACGGAGCAUGUGAUGAUAGAGAGUCAUUCCCAACCCAUCUGUCUGGAAGCUGGAGUUAAAGCUGGCAUCUACCUUAAGAACUGUGAUCCCAUCAAUACUUUUCAAAAAUGGCAGUUCACACAUUACUACGCUCAGUGAGAUGCUCCAGAAUAUCACUCACAUGGUCUCCAUCACAAUUUUCUCCUUCUUUAUUUUUUUUUUUUAUU